GAAAACGAAAGUCUGAGAAGACAUUCUCUUGACGACGCUUACAGCGAACGGCUGGAAAAAAAGUUUUUCAUCCGCGAUGGAACGAGAACUCGGAAAAUCGGCUGGUGUUCACCACAAUGGCGCGGGGAACGCUCCCAUUAGUGAACAGUCGCCGAGAAAGAAGAUGAAAGGGAAGACGGUAAAAUCAGAGAAAUUUAAAUCUCUAACUAAGGAGUUAGAAGAAUCCAGAGCCCAAAUGGCGGCCUUACAGGAGGCAUUGGAAAAAGAACGAGCAGAAAAAGCGGCAUGGAAGGCAACCGCCGACGCACGAAAGUCAUCGAGUAGUAUCGCCGAGCAGAGUAGUGAUGAUUUUGAUGGUGCUCCAAGACCAUCCAGCACACGCCGAGCUGAAUCGGCAUUAAACGAAGAAUCCCGAUUUGUGUCAUCUGUAAACCAACUCGGUUUCAUCGCUAAACGUCCCAGAGUGUAUACCUUUGGCAGACGAUGA